AAAAAAAAAGACAAGAGUCUUGAAUCCAAAAGGGCACUAAACACAUUGGCUUUUUUCCAACUUUUGCUUCUGUGCUACCUUAGCAAUUGUCUAUGUCUUCUGCUCCCUCUUCUCAGAACUGCAAAUGGGAAGAUGAGGAAUCAUACUUUGAAUUUCUUGUUAUUAUUUGAUACCCUUUUAACUUCUUUUCUUCUCCUCAACUUUUCCUCCUCCCUCUUUACUUCCUAAAACAUGACUUUCUUCUUCUUUUUUAUUCAAUCUCUUUUCUCUGUUCUUGCUUUAAAGACAACCCCUUUUUAAAUAUUAACAUUUCUUGAACCAUGAUUUGACUUCAUUUCCCAAUUUUCUAUUACUAUUUCUGAACUUGGUGACAAGUUCUUGAUUACUAUCCUCCCCACUUUUGAUCUGCUUUUUCCCUAUUUCUUUUUUUUGUUGAGGGUGUAAUGCUAAACUAAGAACAAAGAAAACCAAACCAAAAAAACCAAAAAAAGAACCAUUUUUUUUGGUUUAAUGGAAAUUGAUCUGAACCAUGCAGUAGUAAGUGAAGUGGAGAAGAAUGCAUGUUGUAAUGGAGAAUGUGACAAAAAGGGUGUUGGUGGUAGUUGUGUUAAUUGCAAUUUGUCCACUACUUCUACUUCUUCUUGUUCCUCAAAUGCAUCUUCCUCUUCUUCUUCUUCACUUACUCUUUCCUCAAUUUAUAUGGAGCUCUGGCAUGCUUGUGCUGGCCCUUUAACAAGCUUACCAAUGAAAGGAAAUGUAGUGGUUUAUUUCCCUCAAGGUCAUAUGGAGGAAGCUGUUUCUGUUUCUCCUUUUUCACCCAUCAAAAUGGAUUUUCCAACUUUUGGUCUUCAGCCUCAGAUCUUCUGUAGAGUGGAAGAUGUUCAGUUGCUUGCAAAUAAGGAAAAUGAUGAGGUUUAUACACAGCUCACUCUUCUCCCUCUUCCAGAGUCAGUGGCUAUAAGCUUAAAGGGAAAAGAACAUGAAGAUUUGGGGGUGGAUGAGGAAGGAAAUGGAGUUAAUCCAGGAAAAUCAGCUUCUCACAUGUUCUGUAAAACCCUGACUGCUUCUGAUACCAGUACCCAUGGCGGCUUUUCAGUUCCUCGUAGAGCAGCUGAAGACUGUUUCCCACCUCUGGAUUACAAAGAGCAAAGGCCAUCUCAGGAGCUGAUUGCUAAGGAUCUGCACGGAGUAGAGUGGAAAUUCCGUCACAUUUAUAGAGGUCAGCCGAGGCGACAUUUGCUAACUACUGGAUGGAGUAUUUUUGUCAGCCAAAAGAAUCUUGUCUCAGGGGAUGCAGUUCUCUUCUUGAGGGGAGAAGGUGGAGAUCUCAGGCUGGGAAUAAGAAGAGCUGCUAGACCUAGAAAUGGGCUUCCUGAAUCAAUAAUCAAAAGUCAAUAUUCUGGUUCUGAUGUUCUUUCAGCAGUUGCUACCGCUGCGUCAGCCAAGAGCACAUUCCAUGUUUUCUAUAGCCCAAGGGCAAGUCAUGCUGAUUUCGUUGUACCGUACCAAAAGUACAUGAAAAGCAUCAACAGUCGGAUUCCUGUUGGAACAAGAUUUAAAAUGAGAUUUGAUCUAGAUGAUUCACCUGAAAGAAGGUACAGCGGUGUAGUGACCGGGAUAAGUGAUAUGGAUCCCUUUAGAUGGCCCAACUCAAAAUGGAGAUGUUUGAUGGUCAGAUGGGAUGAAGAUAUCAUGAGUAAUCAUCAAGAACGGGUUUCUCCAUGGGAAAUUGAUUCUUCAGUUUCCUUACCACCACUGAGCAUUCAGUCUCCAAGACUGAAGAAACUGCGGACUAAUCAGCAGGCUCCAUCGUUAGACAGCCAUUUUGCUGGAGGGAGUGCUCUUUUGGACUUUGAGGAGUCGGUAAGAUCCUCCAAGGUCUUGCAAGGUCAAGAAAAUUUAGGUCUGAUAUCACCUCCCUAUGGAUGUGAUAAGACAGUCCGCCCACUGGAUUUUGAGCUGCAAAAUGUAGCUCGUCACAAUCUCAUGCCAACUGGUAUAGAGAACAUAAUUGUUGGAGACUUUGUGAAAACUCAGCCUCCAACAACCUACACAGGCUUUCUGGAAUCCAAUAGGUUUCCAAAGGUCUUGCAAGGUCAAGAAAUUUGCUCGUUAAGAUCCCUUACUGGAAAAGGUGAUGUUAAUUUUGGUGCUUGGGGAAAACCUGAAUUUGGUUGCAAUGUUUUUAGCACAUAUCAGAGGCCGAAGACCAAUUUCUAUCCUCUUGCUUCUGAAGGGGCGAGGAAUGUGUUUCUACCAUAUAAUGCGAUGUAUAGAGCUGGACAAGAUCCUGUAGUGCAUUCCUACAUUAAUAAUAAUUUCCAAAGAGAAAAUCCUACCUCAAACCAGAAUUCAAUCCAAAAUGGGGUUAGGAGGGAAGAAGGUGGAAUGCAGAAGUUUGCAAAUGAGCAGAGGCCACUGGAGAUGUCCAUAUUGUCUAUUCCGGAGACAAAUUUCAAGAAUGAGAACGGUGGCUCCUUAAAUGCACAGGCUUCUUGUAAACUAUUUGGCUUUUCCUUAAUAAAAGAACCCUCUACUCCUAGCUCGCACAGUUCUGGUAAGAGGAGCUGUACAAAGGUUCACAAACAAGGCAGCUUGGUUGGACGAGCCAUUGAUCUCUCAAGGUUGAAUGGCUAUGAGGAUUUGCUGGUUGAGUUGGAGAGGCUUUUCAACAUGGAAGACCUCCUAAGAGAUCCCAAUAAGGGAUGGCGAAUCUUGUAUACCGACAGUGAGAAUGACAUGAUGGUUGUCGGAGAUGAUCCAUGGCAUGAGUUCUGUGAGGUAGUAUCCAAGAUCCAUAUAUACACUCAAGAAGAAGUGGAGAAAAUGACAAUUGAGGGGAUCAGUGAUGAUACUCAAAGUUGUUUGGAGGAGGCACCGGCAUUCAUGGAUGCCUCGAAAUCUUCUUCAGUUGGCCAGCCUGAUUCUUCUCCAACUGUAAUCAGGAUAUGAAGAAGCUGAGGUCCUACGAAUGUUGUGCUUGUUAUGUUACUUAAGUGAUAUAUAUGUGAUACUAUUCUACCUACUAGAUGUUCCUGUUAUGUUAAAUAAAUUGUUACUCCUUAGUCAACUUGUGAAGUUAUGUUGGAAGUCUGUUUUCAACUUACAAUGGGGCUUCUUGUGAUAAAAUUAUAUGGUGACUCAUAUGCCAUAACUUUGUAUUCUGAAUAUGUUCCACUAUGUAUAACUUUGAACAUUGUAUGACUA